UGUCCUCAGGUGAUCCGGCAGGGCACUGGUGAGAUCGUGCCAUGGCGUCAGCCCUCUGAGGAUGUGGAUGCGAGGAACUACCUGCCAUGCCCGUUGUGUCUUGGAUUUUUCCUUCGUGCUGACCUGUGGAAGCAUCAGGUGUCGUGUCGCAAGAAGCUCGCCAUCAACCCGUCCAAAGCCGAGGCGAACGCUGACCCCGCCAACGACGCCACCUCUGGUUCCACAAGUAAGUUGCCCUGUGAUGUCACCAGAGAGGACAUACCUGAGGAUUCCCUUGGUGAGACUGCAGAGGCCGGGACCAAACAGCUUAUGACCUCUGACCCAAGUGUCGAUCAGAACACGACCUCUGACCCCGCUGUGAUCCGAGCCAGGAAACGGACAAGGGUGCAGGCAGCGGCGUCGCGGCUCCUGCCGAUCUCCAGUGGAGCGUCAGAGAGCUGCAGUGAAAUCCUGCAUCGCAUGAACCAAGAUAACGUGUCUUACGAGGUGAAGUCUGAUUGGCUGAUCUGUAAGUAUGGCAACAAGCUGAUGGGGAACCAGGAUAGUGGUCAGAGGAGGUACGACUACGUAAGCCAGAAGCUCCGGGAACUUGGCAGGUUGCUCCUGGCCGCUAAAUCCCUUGACUCCGGCGUCCAGAGCCUGCAGGACCUGCUGGCCCCAGGUCGCCUCAGCCUGGCGCUGUCCGCAGCCAGGAAGGCAGCAGGAAACAGGUGGAGCCGCCCUCCACUGGCGGUGAAAACCACACUAAAGACAGUCUGUGAGAUUGCUAUUGGAGAGAGCCUGCAGGACGGAGACUGGGAGGCUGCCGCCAAGACCACCGACUUCUACCACAUGCUGGGCCGAGAGUGGGACAACCUGGGGCUGCAGAACCCAGAUCCAGCUGCUACAGAUGGAGGAACUAAACCAAAGAAACGACCUGUCCAGAUAAGAUUGGACAAGGACCUCAGACAAGAAGUUCUGUCAAAGAGCUCUAACAAACCAGUGACCUCUGCGAUUCCACCUGAAGACAGAAUGCAGACAUCUGUCUCAGUCCCCGUGGCUCCCAGGAAGGUCCGACGGCGGCCGUGGUCCUCUGCAGAGAAGGAGGCCAUCUGGAGGCAAUUAGGAGUCCAUGUUCUGGUCCAGUCCGUACCAGGUAAGGAGGUCUGUCAGCGCUGUCUGGACUUAGAACCAGUCCUCAGGGGGCGGCACUGGAAGGACAUCAAGAACCAGGUUCACAACCAAAUCCAGAGCCAAAAGAAGCAGCAGUUCCACGCUCAGAUGGAACUCGAGAAGAACCAGGAUCACCAAGACCAGCUCCAGAACCAGAAAAAGCCAGAGCAGCAGCAGUACCAGGCUCCAGUCGAUGAACAGGGAAAGGACCACCGUCUGAACCAGAAGAAACCACCAUACCAGUCCCAGAUGGACCAGCAUGAUCCGGAUAUUUCUCGGAAUCAGAAGCGAUCACAAUACCACAUCAGCAUACACCACCAGGCCCAGGAUAACAUCCAGAACCAGAAGAAACAACAGGAGCACACCCAGCUGGAUCACCAGGACUAUCUACACAACCACAAGAAGCAGCUGUGUACCCCUAGAGUGGACCACCAGGACCACAGCCAGGUCCAUAAGAAGCAGCUGUAUCAGAUGGACCAGCAGGCCCAGCCCCUGCAGACCCUGGACCAGGAAACGUCUCUUCUAACCAUCACACCCUACAGACCUGAUGGGGCAAAUCGAGCUCCUGGACAUUUGCUGCUUGAGCGGGAGCACAACAUCACAACCUACCCAGUCCUGCACAGACCACCUCACAUGGACCAGCUGCUGCCCAGAAUAGACUGGGCCGAGGAUGCUCCAGCCCCGAACUAUCCUAUCAGCAGGCCACUGGGCAGGACCCUGCUACAGGAUGUGCCCCCAGGAGGACCGCCCUCUGACCCACAGUCGGGACAUGUACACUUCUGACCAACCAGGACGAGUGAUGAAGGACGGUCCUGGUCCAGGUCUAGAGGACUUAAUGAUAGCUUGGCCCUUCUCAAAGGGUGCAUAUCAGAUUUGCUAGUAAAAAGACCUGCUUUUAUGGUAACACGUGUAAACCUUUCUUAGAAGGUCCUUGAAUUUCCUGUGUGAAAUCAGUAUUUGCCUCCUACAGGACUGUAUACCCUAUACUAUAUACCCCCCUCCCCCGUAUGUUCUGGCAGUUCCAAUGGGGGUGGUUCUGAUAUGUCAGUCUAGUCAGGAGAUGAACCUGGAUCCUGGUUGAGGUGCUGUUAGAUAGCUGAAACAGUUCAGCUGUGAUGUACCGGAGUCAUACCGACUACGUGCCGGUGCCUGAUCUUAUUAUGAAAGGCGGGUACCAAAAACCAAAACCAGCACCUUAGUGGUCCAGUGUUGGAGCCUUUG